AUGGAGUUCAUGAGAGAUAUACCGACAGGGAUUUCGGGUGUGAAUGUAGAGGCUUCCCCUGCGCAGCAGAAGCGACAGCAUUCACGCUCUUGCGACUACAUGGGUUCCGGGGUGAACAAGCGGCGACUCGGGUCUGGUAUAUCGGGCGCGGCUGCUGCGGCGGCCGCACUGUUCUUAGACAGCGGGGGGUCACCUGUGCGGCGCAAGGAUGCACAAUCGCCGUCUUAUAUGCCGACAACUUCGUCGUCCAAUUUAGAGGCCGCCGCAGUCGAGAACGAGAACAGCAGCGUCAGACUUUCGGACAUAUGCAUAGACCCCCGCAUGGAUUCAAGCGCGGAUCAUAACUGCAAGAUGCGGGGCUGUGAUCUUGCUUCCAAAAAUCAGCAUCAAACAUUUUCUAAUUGCAUACAAACAGCAUCUGCUGUACCGGGGGCCCCCGCAGGAAACGCGCCCGCUUAUUCCGAGCACAGUGUUCCUAAUAAUGCUGCGCAGACCGAAAGCGGUGAAGCGCGAGCUCCCGUGAAUUCCGGUGGGCUUACCGGGCGUAACGAUAGAGGCAAUGAUCACGAUAAUAACAACAACAAUCCCAAUGAAAACACUCCUGCUGCGGGCCAAACAUCCAGUCAGACGAGUCAGGCACUCGUGCAAAAACUACAAGACAUCUACCGCAACAUUGUUAAACAAGAAGUUGAACUUCAGGAGCGGUGCUCACAGCUCACCCACUCCCAGACUACGGACCUCAAAAACCUUUGGAUAAUUUACAAGGUCAACACCGAGCUUAUCAACAACUAUGUUGCCUUCAUCACUACGGCUUUACUACCAUCUCAACCCGAGCAAGACCUUUUAAUAGGCCAGGAAAUUGUCAACAUUUACAGAAUAGAGAGAAGGCUCUGGGUUCAUGGGACUAUCACUUUCUUAGAUGUGCUUAAGAACUUUUCAAAUUUCAUGGAUCCCGAGGUUUGUUGCCAGUUUAUUACACACGUCUUCAUAUCUAUUUCAAACAUGCUAGGGGAUAUGCCGCAGAAGUUUGCGACGCCUUGGUUAGAAAGAUUGGGAGACCUGUCUCGUAUGGCAAUCGCACUUUAUCCGUCAGGCUUUAUUGACUGGAAACUAAGCGCCGAGCACUGGUACACGCAAGCUCUUUCGCAUAUUUUUGGACACGGAAAACUAUACUACCACAUGUCCACAGUACAACAAAAUACACUCGAAGCUUUUGUGAACCUGGGCAAAAGUGUCUUCUGCCGCGAUACCUUCAUCCCAUCGCAACAAUAUAUGCAGCUGGUUAUUGAUAAUAUUUAUCAACGAGCAUUUGCUGAAAGGAAUGGCGGCAACCAAAGAAAUUCUCUGAUGGUUGAGUACCUGAAACACAGUGAGGUUAUGCUGCUUUCUAGCUUUCUCGAAAGCCCAGAGUUACAAAAAGUUGUUCUCUCGUUUUUCCAGAAUAAAUUUGGGAUUUCUUCCAACAACACAGACUACUUUAGCCAUCAGGCUAUAUUUCUACAAGAUGGAGAAAGGACAAAAUAUUUUUUCAGACACGCGCCAGCAUUUGCAGAAUCCCAUAUUUUGCAGAUGGUGGGUUUUGGCAACCCCAAAAACCCAUUCGCCUUGCUAUUCGAACUACCUAAAUUCCUCAAGGAACGUAAGGAAAGGAAAGAGAGACGGAAGUCUAAGAGCUCAAAUUCGUUCACCUCAAUGGAAGCUCCCUCUCCAACUUCGCCUAUUGAGUACCUGGAAAGCGUUGACUCGCCCAGGUUUGUUUAUGAAUUUCCCACAGAUCUCGCUAUCUGGCAGCAAUCAUUGAGUCACAUCAAUACGACCUCCAUCAAAUGCAGUGCUGUUGUGCUUCAAAAGUUUUUACACGGGCCCUUAGUUUCAGCGGCUGCACAUUUGCUUCCAUGGGCAUACUUUCUGCUUUCGUUAGCGAUAAGGAUAGACGAAUUGCCUAGCCCAGAACUCAAGGAUUUUUGGAUCGCACUGUGUAGACAGGUUUUUCCAUGGAACAGUAUUGUCAAUUUUUUGAACAUGAUUAUAGCGUUUGCUCUCGACAAUGCAUGGAAAACGUCGUCCAUUGACAACCUGUGCGAACAGUUUGAUAGCGUGGAUGUCCGCACACUGGUUGAUCACUUUAGUCAGAACGAAGACUUGCCGGAGGUUUGGAAGUGUUGGGGCGCUCUCUGGUUCGAUGUUAUUUCUGACAAAUCUGACGUUGUGGACGAAGGUGCUACAUACAACAGCGUUCAAGAUCAUAUGUUUGGGGAUAUGCCCGUUGACGGCAUCUGCUUUGAUGAAGACGAUGAGACGGGAAGUCGAUUUUGGAAGCGUGCUUGCCGCCUAGUUUUUAUUUUCAAGGGCAUUGCACAAGAAUUCAAUAUGGGCCUAACACUGGCCUCAGUUCCCCUACAAUCGAGACGAUCGUUAGCGGCGGGACAUCCCCUCCAAAACUUUUGCUUUAAGUUUGAAGAUCCUCCUGUCGACUCGGAGAGCUACGCGCUUAUAAGCACCCAGAUGCCGGCAUUUGAAAACAUCAGUGAGAGGAACCUUGAUCCAAAUGCUCCUCCCGGUCAAAGCAUGCUGGAAGGAAAGAGCUUGUUCGAGCUUCCCGGUUACAGACAACUGCAUGCCGACCACACGUGCUUCAACAAAACCGGCACGCUAAUAACAUGCUCCUUGUAUACCUCCGGAAGCUUAGAAAAGGGCCCAAUACAUGGUGGGGACGACUUCAAUACGGAACGUUACUCGAGAUCAGACGAGCUGAAUAAAGCCGAUAAUCCGCAGAUAAAAGAACUCGACAAGAUGGAGAGGAUGUGGCUUGAUACAUGUAUGAACCCUGAAUUUAUCGAACAGACGUAUGAUAUGAAGUUCCCAUUUGGCGAUUUAUCGUGUAACUGUGAUAGCGGCGUGUCCUACUUCGUUCCGGAUGCAACUUCUUGGUUGAGGCAUUUUGCCCAUGUUUACAAGCUGGCAACAAAUGGGGUGCUGAGAUUUGCGAUAUGCCUGACCACCUUCCAGGAGUUGCGGUUUUUGAGGAAGUCGAAGGACGAAAGCGUAGUAGAAGCCGCUACAAGAGCCGUGAUUACUGUGCGCCAGCUCUACAGUGAGAAGAGACUUUUGCCUUUACGUUUCACAGGCAACGUCGCGACGCACCUUGAAGAGCAUUUAGAGUUUGAAGAGCAGAUAACGUGGCGCUCCCACGUCGACGAAUUUGUGAUUGAGGCCGUCUACAAGGCGCAGAACAAAUUUGAAGCUUUAAAUGCGCAAGCAAAAGAGGGAGGCCACGACUUCAUUCCCACAACAGAGGAGGAGCCGUUCCACUUUAUUGCGCUGGUUAGCGAUGACACAAACAUGCGCCUGAAAGCGCACGCGCAGCGGAUCCGAACAUUCAGUAGCAGAUUCAUGUUUGCUGUUUGCAACCAAAUUGGCUUAGCGCACCACGCUUGCACGAACUAG